CCAUCCUCCUCUUCCUCACCAUGAGCCUGAGCCGCAGCAAAAGGAUCAGCUCGAGCGCCUCGGUGCGCCGCUCCAACGCCUUCGGGUCCCCCACGGCCGGCUUGAGCGGCGUCUCGCUGGGCGGGGGCAGCAAUAGCGCCCACCUGCAGGGCGCUGGGCUUUCCUCGCUGUCGGUCAACAAGAGUCUGCUGGCCCCCCUCAACCUGGAGAUCGACCCCAGCCACUCCAUGAGCCGAGCCCACGAGAAGGAGCAGAUCAAAAGCCUCAACAACCGCUUUGCCUCCUUCAUUGACAAGGUGUGCUUCCUGGAGCAGCAAAACAAGAUGCUGGAGACCAAGCUGGAGCUGCUUCAGGACCAGGGGGCGUCCCGCUCCAAUGUGGAGCCGCUGUUUGAGGUUUACAUGGCGGGCCUGAGGCGCCAGAUGGACCUGGUCAACAACGACAAGGGCAAACUGGACGGAGAGCUGAGGAACAUGCAGGGCCUGGUGGAGGACUACAAGCACAAAUACGAGGACGAGAUCAACAAGAGGAACAACCUGGAGAAUGACUUUGUCCUCCUGAAGAAGGAUGUGGACUCGUCCUACAUGGUGAAGGCCGACCUGGAAGACAAAGUGGGCGCUUUGAGCGAUGAAAUCAACUUCCUGCGCACCAUCUACGAGGAGGAGCUGCGCGAGCUGCAGGCCAGCAUCAGGGACACGUCGGUGGUGGUGCAGAUGGACAACAGUCGCAGCCUGAACAUGGAGAAGAUCGUGGCUGAGGUCAAAGCUCAGUACGAGGAGAUCGCUGCUCGCAGCCGAGAAGAGGCCGAGGCCUGGUACAAGAGCAAAUUCGACCAGAUGUCGGUGCAGGCGUGCCGGUUCGGAGACGAGCUCCGCGUGGUCAAGGGGGAAGUGGGCGAAGUCAACCGCCUCAUCGGCCGCCUGCAGAGCGAGAUGGAGGCUGUCAAAGCGCAGCGUGGCAGCCUGGAGAGCCAGCUGGCUGAGGCCGAGGACCGCGGGGAGAUGGCGGUGAAAGAGGCCAAAGGUCGCACCCGGGACCUAGAGGACGCCCUGCAGAGGGCCAAGCAGGAUAUGGCCCGCCACCUCAGAGAAUACCAGGACUUGAUGAACCUGAAGCUGGCUCUGGACAUUGAGAUUGCCACGUACAGGAAGCUGCUGGAAGGGGAGGAGGACAGAUUGGGUCAGCAGUCCGUGCUCAGCAUCCAGGCCAUCAGCAACUACAGCAGCAGAAGUUCCAACGGUCACUACCAGAGCGCCAGCGGCUCUUCGCCUCCCAAGCUGCUCAUCAAGACCACCGAGACCCGAGACCACAGCAGAUACAGUACACGCUAGACGAGCAUCUGCCGCUUUCUUUCUGUCUUUCAUCGCUCGCCUAACAAUUAGUCGUGAUCACAAAUAUAACUGGGCCAUUUUUUCUUUGGGGUGUAACUUGAUUGUUCUGCUGAAAUCUCAGUAAUAUGGAAUUAGUAGUUAGAUGUCUUGAAGGCUUGCAGAGAAUCUUAUUUGCAUUAUCUUAUA